UUAAUACAUUUAAGGUCAUAUCACCACGAGUUUUUCUGUGUCGUCUCUCCGCAGCGUGUGUGCUUUACAUUACGUGUCCUUGCGUGUUUACGUAUGCGGAAGCUACUGUCGGAAAACGGACGGUUCAGUAAACGGGUACCUAAAGCAGGACAGCACACUACUACGUGUGUACAACCUAAUUUUUUACCGGUUACAGCGCGACAGGGUGGAGGUGGAUGAUUGAGGGGGCCAAAGGGUGUGCAGAGUACAAUGAACGACGCCAAGAAAGACGGGAGUAUGACUGCAGACGGUAUACGAGAACCGGGUGAGCUGCAAAUGGCCCCCUCUGUUAACCACAACCAGCAUGACAGCGGUACCGGCGACGAGCUGGUGAGCUCGGUGACGCUGUAUAGACGAAGACCCCGACUCUUACACGGCACCGUCCUUCCGUUUUUGGCUGUACUCUACCCGUGCUGGCUCUACGUGUGGUUAGGAGUGUAUGGUGCCUCUGAAUACCCUGAGGCAGGCCUCCUUGCAUUAGCCGCAAUCGGGAUCGCGCACGUUCUCACAGCACUCUCCGGUUAUUGGUCAGUGCACGCGCACUGUUGGCUCACUUGUUCCAAGGAACCUGACCCAAAUAAGGCUACGCUGGCAAAGGUCAUUCCCACCCCCAACAAUGGUUCUGCUGAGCUGGUUGCACUACAGAGAGACAAGGAUGAGAAUGGGGAAAGGAUUUUAUCCUUAGAGUUUCAAAAGAUCCGUUACAUCUUUGACGACAAGGAGAAGAAACGCUUCCUUCCAGUAGCGUUUCCCAUUAGCAACCCAAUGGGUUACUUUCAGUCAUGGCGUGGAUAUCAGGAAGAGACUGAGCUCAGAGCUGCAGAAAAGCGAUACGGCACCAAUCGCGCUGAGAUGGUGGUGCCUGACUUUCUGGAGCUCUUCAGGGAGAGGGCCACAGCUCCAUUUUUUGUGUUCCAGGUGUUCUGUGUGGGACUGUGGUGUUUGGAUGAGUACUGGUACUACAGCGUUUUCACAUUGUUCAUGCUCGUGGCAUUCGAGGCCUCCCUGGUCCAGCAGCAGAUGAGAAACAUGUCAGAGAUCCGCCGAAUGGGAAACAAGCCCUACAUGAUUCAGGUAUAUCGCAACAGGAAGUGGAGACCUAUUUCCAGUGAUGAACUUGUCCCUGGAGACCUUGUCUCAAUAGGGCGUUCACCCCAGGACAACUUGGUCCCCUGUGAUGUGCUGCUUCUCAGGGGUCGUUGCAUUGUGGAUGAAGCAAUGCUGACUGGAGAGUCUGUGCCACAAAUGAAGGAACCAGUGGAAGAUUUAGACUCCGAGAGAAUUCUGGACCUGCAGACAGACUCGCGUCUCCAUGUCAUCUCUGGUGGGACGAGAGUGGUCCAGCAUAGCCCCCCCUUAAAGGCCAGUGCUGGACUCAAGCCUGUGGACAAUGGCUGUGUCGCAUACGUACUGAGAACAGGAUUCUAUACCUCUCAGGGAAAACUGUUGAGGACCAUUCUCUUUGGUGUGAAGAGAGUGACUGCUAACAACCUGGAGACUUUCAUCUUCAUCCUCUUCCUGCUUGUCUUCGCUAUUGCUGCUGCUGUAUACGUGUGGGUUGAAGGGACCAAGGAUCUCAGCCGGAAUCGCUACAAGCUGUUUCUGGAGUGUACUCUUAUCCUCACUUCGGUGGUUCCGCCAGAACUCCCCAUAGAGCUUUCUCUAGCGGUGAACACAUCUCUUAUUGCCUUAGCUAAACUUUAUGUGUUCUGCACAGAGCCCUUCAGGAUACCAUUUGCGGGGAAAGUAGAGGUUUGCUGUUUUGAUAAAACAGGAACUCUGACCAGUGAGAGUCUGGUUGUCCGAGGGGUGGCAGGCCUCAGAGAGGGAAAGGAGGUGAUGCCUGUCUCUGAGAUACCAGUUGAAACGCAUCGUGUCGUGGCCACCUGUCACUCACUGGUGACUCUGGAUGAUGGACAACUGGUGGGAGAUCCGCUGGAGAAAGCCAUGCUGACUGCUGCUGACUGGACUCUUACUAAAGAUGAAAAAGUGUUCCCACGAGGCAUCAAAACCCAGGGACUAAAAAUCCACCAGCGUUUUCAUUUUGCGAGUGCUCUGAAGAGGAUGUCAGUUCUGGCCUCCUAUGAGAAGCCAGGCUCAACUGAGCUCUGCUACAUCUCAACUGUCAAGGGUGCUCCAGAGACACUGAGAAGAAUGUUUUCAGAAUGUCCGGCAAGUUAUGACGAAGUCCACAGAGAAAUGUCGCGGGAAGGGGCUCGAGUGCUGGCCUUGGGGUACAAAGAGAUUGGACACCUGAGUCAUCAACAGGUCCGGGAGAUGAGCCGUGAUGUUCUGGAAUGUGAUCUUCAUUUUGCUGGGUUCAUGGUUGUUUCUUGUCCACUGAAGAAUGACAGCAAGGCUGUCAUAAGAGAGAUCCAAGAAGCGUCCCAUCAUGUGGUUAUGAUCACAGGAGAUAACCCUCUAACUGCAUGUCAUGUUGCAAGAGAGCUUCACUUUAUUCAGAAAGAGCAUACACUUAUAUUGCAGCCAAGCGCCAAUCAGGGUGACUGGCAAUGGGAAUCCAUUGAUGGCAGUGUAACUGUAUCAUUGCCACCUCCGUCAGUUUCCUCUUUUGUGCAGCAGUUUGACCUAUGUGUAACAGGAGAGGGUCUGGCCAGAUUAAGCUGUGAACCCCAGCUGCUCCACAGCCUGCUGCCACAUAUACGAGUGUUUGCCCGUGUCAGUCCAAAACAGAAGGAGUUUGUGAUUACCAGUCUAAAGGGGCUUGGUUAUGUGACAUUGAUGUGUGGUGAUGGCACAAAUGAUGUGGGGGCUCUGAAACAUGCCCACAUAGGUGUUGCUCUUUUAGCGAAUGCCCCUGAACGCAUGCCUGAAAAAAGGAAGAGGGUAAGAGAAAAGGAGGCAUCUACAUCAGAAUCCAGACCUUUGCCGCCUGUUAGUUCAGGAGCCAAACUGACCUCUAGGGCAGCUAGACAACGAGUGAUGGCUCAGAGAGAAGAGCAGCUUGCAGCACAAAAGGAGAGGAUCAGUCAAGUCUUGCGAGAACUUGAAGAGGAUCAGGUACAAGUAGUGAAACUAGGUGAUGCCUCCAUCGCUGCCCCCUUCACCUCAAAGCUCUCCUCCAUACAAUGCAUCUGCCAUGUAAUAAAGCAAGGCCGCUGCACUCUGGUGACCACACUCCAGAUGUUCAAGAUCCUCGCUCUCAAUGCUCUGGUACUGGCCUACAGUCAGUCUGUCCUCUACCUCGAGGGAGUAAAGUUCAGUGAUUUCCAGGCAACUCUGCAAGGGCUGCUCUUGGCCGGAUGUUUUCUCUUCAUCUCCAGAUCAAAGCCACUGAAAACAUUGUCACGUGAGCGGCCCUUACCAAACAUCUUCAAUCUGUAUACAGUGUUGACUGUGCUGCUACAGUUUGCCGUUCACUUCUGUUGUCUGGUGUUCCUUUACAAAGAAGCACAAAGCAGAAGUCCACCCAGAGAGGAUCAGUUUGUAGAUCUUUAUAAAGAGUUUGAACCCAGUCUAAUUAACAGCACUGUGUACAUCAUGUCAAUGGCCAUGCAGAUGGCCACCUUUGCCAUUAACUACAAGGGACAUCCAUUCAUGGAAUCCCUAAGUGAGAAUAGACCACUUCUGUGGAGCAUCGCCCUGUCUGGAUUAGCAAUUGUGGGGCUUCUCACUGGUUCCUCACCAGAAUUUAAUGAACAAUUUGCUCUUGUAGAUAUUCCAUUUGAGUUCAAAUUAAUCAUCGCCCAAGUUCUGUUGGUGGACUUUGUUGCCGCUCUGCUGGUGGACCGUGUUCUGCAGUUUCUGCUUGGCAAAGGAACUCUCAGGCUGCCUUCUUGAACUCAGUGCCAACAGCAAAUGCUGCCCUUAUCAACCAAACUGUAAAGGGAGAGAAGACUUUGAAGGGGAAGAGAAUUACAGCUGUUGUGACAUACAGCCGAAACAGUCAUGGCAUGUAGUACUGUUCACUCUGUUUAUCCCUCCCUUUGUACUGCUUUGCCACUCUUUAACUCUCUCUGUCUAAUUUCCAUUGGCUCUGUGCUUCAAAUGAUUUUUUUCAUAACUAUUUUUUCUACAUUUCUUCCUCUUCAUCUGUCCCUCUCUACUGCUACAAAAGGCCAUGACGACAGCAGUAUUGACUGGAGUGUGAAAUUGUGCCAGCCAGAGCUUCAGGCACAAAAAGGGGCAUUCUCCAAGAGAAUUGCAAUAGUGUUUUGGAUUUUUUUUCUCUAUUUGAUUUUGUAAAAAGUGACAAAUAUCUUUAACAAACUUAUAAAAACUUAUACAAAUUAUGAAGUCUGCUAAGUGUUUCAUCGAAUACUGAUGGAAAAGCUGAAUAUGUCCAACCUGUGAUUAAUUUCCCCGUCCCAGAAGAUUGGUUAAAAAAUAAUCUAGAAAUAGCAAUAGAGUGAAAAUAAAAUGUAGAUCCAUAAAUUUUAAAAAUCUUUUUCAGUCAUGAAACAUAUGAUCCUGGUCGAAACAGAAGUGCUAUUACAUUGUGUCAGCUGAUCAAAAAUAACUAGAAACUUACAGACUUUGUCAGUUCAUUUACAUCACAUGCAGAUAUAAAAAGGAUCAGCUACAGAUAACUGCCGUUUAUCUUUCAUAUGAACCUUUUAUUUAUAUUGUUUAUAUAAAUAUGAAAAUGUAAAGCUAGUAAAACUCCUAAAACUCUUUUUGUUUCAAAAUAAUUUAUGGAAACAUUAUAUUACACUGUGAAUCGAGUUGUUUGACGGGUGAGAGCCCACAAUGGGUCAUCACAUACAAACGGCACCCACUGAUUUGCUCAGUGAAAUUCACUCGCUCAAGAAUACAUAGCCUGAAGGCUGUCACAUCAAGACUCAUUUUCUGAGAAAAUGCUUGUACUUUCUUAUUAACUGCUGUGGUUUCCAUUUAUUGUUUUUUUUACUACUGAUAAAAGAGGCUGACGUACCCAUAGAUAAAAUAAGAUGUGUGGUAUUUUUCUCAUUGCUCAGGUUGUAUGGUGAUAAAUACUUUAUAAUGACUGGCUGUUUUGAUGUUCCAGAGGCAAACAUGACAUCAUUUCUUAAUUGGAGUUAGUAAAAUCACAAAAAAGUUUUGGUCUUUUCUUUUGUAAUCAAUCCAGUAACAAAUGCCUUUUUUUGUUGCAAAAAAAAAGUAGGAUGUAUUAUUUUUGACUGUUUAAGGUUAACUUGUA